AACGUUUGCUGUCGGUUUGCGCACGACUAGCCGACGAAUGGUUGCAAGUGCAAGUGUAAAAAGUCAAUACCAGAGAUUGUACAUUUGUACAUCUUGAGCGUGCCACCGCUAUUGUUGACCGCAGGAAUACUAAAACCUAAAGGGACUAUCAGACUUUUCUAUGAGUUAAUAUCAAUAAGUUACAAAUUAUAACACCAGAUUUUGAUGGUUAUAUUUUAAAUUUUGUUUGUUUGUUUUGUUGGAUAUUCCAACACGCACGAUCAGUUGAUAUCUUUCUUGACGGGUAAGAUGCCACUUGAGAAAGAUAAAUCGAAUUCACUACAGAAAGUGUGCAAAUUCGAUAUGGAAAACAAUACUACGACACUUCAAGUGUCAAAUUGGUGGAAAACGCAGUGCCCUGAUUUGGAACCAAGCUACGACUCUUUCUCGAUGCACUGCGCUCGGUUGUGCAUUCAGGAAGGUGAAAAGGACAGCAUCCUAGUGGGUUCACAUUCCGGGUGUUUCUCAAUAUACCAACCGACCAGUAAACCGUUCAACGAAGCGGAUCUGGACGACAACGAGCAGUUUGAGAAUGUUUACCAACAUUCGGAUGUGGUUCUGGAAAUGCGGUUGCCUCUGCCGAUCAUUGGGAUAACGGAUGGAAAGUUUACUACGGCCGCCAAAGCAGAAGGCAGGCAGCACAUAGGAAUAUUGCAUCCCUUGAAAGUUUGCAUAUACCAAGUGCUAACUAUCAGUGGAAUUGCCGAUCACGGAGACCACACGAAGCUUCAGCUUCUAUACGAGCACAGUUUAAGUAAAUCAGCAUUUUCAUUCUGCCGUGGAAAUUUUGGCGGUGUGAAAGGGCGAGAUUUCUUGUGCGUUCAACAUCUGGAUGGUUCGUUAAAGUUUUUCGAACAAGAUGGAAUAAGCUAUGAAGUUAGUUUGCCCGGCGAGAGAAAUAUCCCGUCACCUAUUCACUACGUGGCACGGGUGGAUUGCUUCGUUACGGUUUCCCCAAGCUGGGAACUGGAGUGCUACCGUUACCAGGAUCUUUCGGAAACGAAUGUGUCCCUACGGAAACAUGAACCAAUUUGGUCGCUGUGUAUCGGCGAGUAUGCCUUAGAUUUUAAUGUUCAUCAAAUGUCCGACGUGGAAUCGGUUAUAAUAAUAAUGGGAGAAAAUAAUCUCUUGUGUAUAACGGACACAGGUAAAGUGCGUUUUAUAAAGAAGCUUGAUUACUCACCGGUUUGCCUUUAUUCCUUUGUGAUUGGUUGGUAUUGGGAACCAGAUACCCGUCUUAUGAUAGCAUUGGUGUCCGAGAGUGGAUCAUUACUGCUCUAUGAGGAGAGUCAAAUUGUGUGGUCUGCUGAACUUCCCGAGAUACCAGUUGCAUUAGGCCGGGCUAAUGUAUCCUGCUUACCGGGUGCGUUAGUAACACUUGGCGCUACCGGUGCCCUCAAUGUAGGAUAUCUUGGCUCGGAACCACACAUUUUUAAAGUACCGCCCAUAAAGCUAGCUCCCUUUGAAGUGGAUAAGUGCCAAAAAGAAUUGAUGGAAUUAGAAAAUGAAAUACGUUCCGGAGCAGAUUUCAGUGACAUUGCUGUGAUCAAUGCGGCAGCCGAACGUGAAGUAACGUUAAGUGCUCUCUUGGACUCUAAACUUGAAAAAUGUCUACAUCCUACACAAAUUUCGUCAGAACAAAGUUCUAUUUACAUGUGUCAACUGGCAGUUACGAUUAAAUCCCACAUCAAUUUGGAAUUACUUCAAAUUUGCAUCGCUGUAGAUCCUGCGCUCAAAUGCCAUAAAGAAACAUUCAUGUUUCGCGAUGUUCAACCCGACAGCCUUCUAAAGUUGGACACAUGGAUUCACCCGUACGAGCCUGUGGCACCUGCCACACUGAAAGUGCAAAUUUCAUGCUCCUACACUAACAAACAGGGCAUUAGUCGUGUACUGCAGCAUUCAUCAAUCUUUCUCCCCCUAGAACUUUUCGUGAAGACUGUAUCGGCUUCGAAGGAAGCGGUUCACAAAGUUACACUAACCAUCCACAGUGGAAACGAUAAUCUGGGGAAUUUAUUUCCUGAAUUUAUCAGCACCGGAAGCUCACACGCGCUAGGAUUGCAAUCGCUGAUUACCGGAAGCAAAGUGACCAUUGUGGCAGCUAAAAACACCAAUCGUUUCAGGGUACAAUCCGAGGACCUUCUUGCAAUCCCACUGAUCGUUACGAGCAUAGUGGAAAGAAUAAGUCGCAACAACAGGGAUUCUAGCAAACAAAUGGUUACGAUAUCGUCAAAUCCGCCGAUUGACGAAUUUUUGGAGCAGAUUGACCAUCACUAUGAACUUCGGCAAGCGCAUCAGAAGAUAAAGAAUGAACUUGAAAUUCGAACGGAUCAGAUGCGUUUGUUCGAGCGACGGUUUGUAGUUAAACUACAAGAAAGAGCGAUCCGCGCUCUGGAUGGCAUCCUAAUGCUACUGAAACAGAAUCAUACCGAUAUAGCUAACAUUUGCAACUCUAUUAAGGCUACAGAACAUCAAAUUAAAAUCUCUCAAAUUCAACUGUCCGGAUUGCUGAAACUGCUGGAAGUUAAUUUUAUCUAUUCGGAUAUUCCACCUAAGUAUCACGACACAAUCAGCAACAUUCUGGCCGCACCGGUAUUCGACGGUUUCGAGCUCGGUUGGGAGGAAAUGCUGCAACCGGUACUAAAAUUUCUCGCCCAAACCGGUCCAUUCCGAGCCAACGAAGGGAUAUCGUCGUUUGAUGAAAAAUUCGUUUUCGGAACCGAGGAAGUUUUCAGUAUCGAGCAGUUUAGGAAGCAGUUUGCCGAUCUGCUGAGCCGCAUUAGUGGAAAAUGCUCCCAAAGCGGUCGAGCUAGCGCAGACUUCGACGAAGACCUGGAAGAUUUGGCGAGGGAAAACGAAGAAGAGUACAGCGAAUGGGUGAGCUACGAUAAAUCCAGCGAGUUACCGUUCCACCACCAGUGAGGUUUCGGAUACGAUUACAGCGAUUACAGAUUGGGACAAUUUUGUUCUGAACCUAUCUCGCUUUAUUUGGAAGCAAUAAAUAAACAAUCGCUUUUCUAUCAGAGUGGAGGUUACAACACAAAACUUCGAUCGUUUUUUUUUCGAUCACAAAUAUCUAUUUUUGUUUCGCAGAAAGAAACUUUUUUUUUGCUUGCUUAAGUUCCUAAAUGAAACGUACAUCACAUCACUGAAAAAUUGGUCACAUGCUAAACCUUUUGCAAAACUACACUUAAAUAGGUAAAGAUUUCCAGCUUUACUGUUAAUGGCGAAUAGUGUGUUCCGCAUUCUAUCACGGCUAAAAAGAAAACAUCAAACCAAACAACAGCUUUAAUCCACGAAGAGUAGAUUCACAAAUUUGCUGCAUCCAACCCGCCAACAGCUGUGGCAGCUUCCUAUUCUAUUCUAUUGGAGGAACUCAUCGCUUUAUGUUUCGACGGUUGAGAAAAAUAUUGAUUAAAGUAAAACAACUAAUGCAAUGCAAUGUUUUAAAAUGGUUCUGUAAGACAGAUUUAGAUUCUAGAACUAGCUGAGACAUUUCUUUAUUGUUAAUAAAUUAGAGUGGAAAUAUUCUGCUUAUUUGAGAGCUAAAUGAAUGUCUUGUCAAAACCAAGGCCGAUGUGUAUUUAACGACCAUUGAUAAAGA